UGGUGGUUGAUGGUAUCCAAACGUUCACUUUAUGGAAAGCUAACCAUUUGAACGCCACGACCAGUUAUAUUUUUCAACAUCACUGAACUUGAAUUAAUGAUUGGAACGACGUGUUAAAGUCAGUUCGAAACCUAUUUGGGGAUUAUUCUGCUUGGAUUCAUCGCGGAUUACUAAAUUGAUACGAAGUGGAAUAUUUCUAAUGGUUCAUCCAGCGGCAGUGAAGCCUUAUCAACAAACACCUACGCCCAAUAGAUUUUUGUUGUGCAGCUUAUAUUAGUUUGAUAUCCAUUGUCAGAAUUUGGCUUUUCGAAUACAAAUAAUCUUAUAAGUCCUAGCAAAACAGAAGCGAAAAAGAGACAUAAAUUGAUCUUAUGGUCGCUGAAAAAUUGAUGAGCGAGUUGUGCUUGUGAAUUGGAAACGAAGACUAUAGUUUGGUCUGACCAACACUGACAGGACAUUAUCUACUUAACCGCACUACUAAACCUGCAUACUACAUGUCUGUUUAGCUUCUGGUAAACAUCGAGGAUAAUUUUAGAAGUACUCCAAUUGAAAAUCCGAGGUCUUUGUGUUGCAUGUUAUAAAAGAGGCUACGUGGAUAAUGAGUGCUUCUACCGUUCAGCUGCGUUUACACAAUGGUCAGAACCACAACUCGUCGCUGACUUUUUACUCGCACGGUAGAGAAGCCAAACCCGCGCUUUCGCGGCGAUUGGCAGACGCGAAAAGUGGCGGGAAUAUAGAUAUCUUGCCCACGAAAAUGACGAAUGGUUUUAGCGGUGGAAUAAGGAAAUCUUUUGAGAGGAAAGAGCAAGAGAGUGAAAAAGAAAGAAGGAGUCGGAGUAAAAGCAAAACGUACGUGUCUUGUUUACAAACAUCACUGAGUUUUGGUUGGAAAAAGAGUCUAAGUGUGGAGACUGACGACAGCGAUUUCUGUGAGCCAGAUAACGAUCAUCGUAUCAUCGACAUGGACGGAUCGCUCAAGAAAGAAUCACCCACGGUUAAAGAAAGUGAGAAGAAAAUAAUGAAAGGCACAGAACACCGAAAGACGGUCAGCGAGGAACAGAAAUCUCAGAAAGCUAAACCACGCACGAGUGAUGAAAAAGCUGUUAAUGCAACGCCAUUAAGAAGUAGAUCCAAAGGAAAGCGCUCGGAGCUACAAGACGCGCAUGUAUCCGUUCAACCUAGUACAGGAAGGCAAUUAAUGAUUAUCAGCAACCUGGAAAAUGGAGCAGUCUCUGUAACGACAUACGGAGAUGGCAGCCCUGCUUCACCAAAGUCAUGUACCUCUUACGUCUACAUUAAAAGUAAAUUCCAAGGCAAUCAGUACUCUAAGACAAAGAGGAGCACAGUAGUUGUUCAAAAACCACCAUUAUGUCGCAGCAUUACCAUCUCCGAGGCCUCGCUGAGCAGUGCUUUGAGCCGUCAAGCCGAUAAAAUGGCGCCCCAGAGCAGGAGUAAUACAAACCUAAGAAAAGAGAGAAGCUGGACUGGUAUAAAUGUACAAAGAAAAAGCAAGAGAUCCUUUACUGUGUCUAACGAUUCGACGGAUGGCAGGUUGAGAACGAUUUAUGAAUCGACCAUGGAAGAAAAUUGCGACUAAUAUGAAAAUAACAAGACCACAAACUCUUGUAAAAUAUUAUCACAAGAAAUACUCGUUACCAGGAUGUUUUGGUUCAUCAGCAAAUUCCAAAUAUUUAUUGCUGGCUUAAAAAUAUUUCAAGCCGGGAGCCGAGAGUUCUUCUCUCGCUAGACAAAAAACCGGCAAAAUUAUAUAUAAAACAAGAAUCAUAAAGGAAGAAAAACAAACUUCGAACUGAACGAAAUAAAAAAUAUAUUCAGAGGGAAUAUUUCAAUUUGAUAGCACGAAGACUAGCGAAAUAAAUGGUUUUUCAAUUUUCGGUUAAAAGACGUGUUUUUAAGGCAGAAUUUACAUUAUGGAUCCAGCUGCUUGCUGUGGAUAGGACUUGUCGACAAAAUCUUUAUUCAGCCAAAGAAAAACACUUUAAAAUAUCAACUAAAACGGCGUCUUGGAACGAAAAAAAAAAAAACUGCAGUCGAAGAGUUUCUCUUUAUAUUUCAAAACUUUGUGUACAAAAAAGCGAAAUAUAAUAUACGAAGUCUUUGUAUUUCGUAAAGUUGAAUGAUAGGAAUAAUUUAUUUGAGUUGUACAUGAUAACAAAAGGCGUCUGAAACCAAAGUAAGUGUUAAGAAUGAAAAAAUCUAUAUCGCUAAAAAUUAUAUCUUGGAAAAUGAUUCCAUGGACAGAAUUGUCCAUUCAAAAGUAACUCGAUAUGAUAAAGAUUUAUUUUAAGCCAGAAAUGUAGUUUUGUUUUAGUAACUGUAUUUAAUAUGGUGGCAGCGGUUGGUAAGCGGAUGUAAGGUGCUCCAGUUUAUAUCCAUCCGUUCAUAAGACGCAAAUCUUAAUCCUAAUUUUUCAAUGAAUUGUAAAUAACUAUUGAGGCCAAGAAAGUGAUUAAAUAUCAUUCUAAACUGUGA